CUCGGAUUUGAAAUUCUGAGCGGGAAUUUUUCAGGUUGGAGAGAGUCUUUCCUUCCAAAUCUUCUUAGGGUUAGUUUUCUGGUACCGAAUUGGAGUUCAUUUUUCUCGUUUAACCAGAGAAUCUUUCCCUACAAGUUCGUGUUUCUUAACCUUCUCAGGUUUUGAUACAUGUUUUUGGUCUCUACGGCUCUGAAAUGAGCAAAGCUCCUCUACAAUUCGCAAACCCAUUUGAAGAUGCCAUUUCCAGAAUUCGGUUUGCUCCCCAUUCGGACAACCUUCUCAUCUCUUCUUGGGACUCUAGUCUUCGACUGUACGAUGUAGGUAGCUCAGUGCUUAGAUUGGAAGCUCAUUUCGAAGCUGCGCUUUUGGAUUGCUGUUUCCAGAAUGAGUCCGUUGCUUUUACCGCUGGUUCUGACGGUUCCAUUACAAGGUAUGACUUGCAUUCAGCAAUUUGUGAUACAAUUGGAAAUCAUGAUGAUAUUGCAACAUGCAUUGGAUAUUCUGAUGAAACCUGUCAAGUAAUUACUGCAGGUAUGGACAGGAAGAUAUUGUCCUGGGACACACGAUUGGUGAAAAAUAUGUGCUUUGCACACCUGGGAUCAGAAGUGGAUUCUAUGUCACUCUCAGUAUUUGAUAUGGUCAUAGCAAUUGGAGCAUCAGUACACAUGUAUGACUUGCGUAAGAUAGAAAGACCAUUUCAGUCAAAAAAAUUAGAUUUGGGCCAGAUAAAAUGUGUCGGUUCAUAUCCUUAUUUUAAAGGAUUUGCAGUUGGCUCAGUAGAUGGUCGAGUGGCAGUGGACCUUUCUUUUCCAUCUGAUUCAGAUGACAUAAGAUAUAUGUUUCGAUGUCAUCCAAAGUCCACAGAUGGAAGAUAUCAUCUAGAAGCAGUGAAUGACAUUGCAUUUAACCCACUCUUCACUGGUGCAUUCGUAACAGGUGAUAAGGAGGGUUAUGUUAUUGCAUGGGAUGCUCAAAGCAGGAGAAAGCAAUUUGAGUUGCCUAGAUUCCCAAAUAGUGUGGCAUCCUUAUCAUUCAACCAAGGGGGUCAACUGCUGGCUAUUGCAUCAAGCUACACAUACCAAGAGGCUAAUGAAAUAGAAGAUCUUCCUCUGAUAUUCAUACAUAAAAUUGAUGAUGGCAACAUCAGAUCAGUCUCUUCUGCAAGUUCAAGCAGGAAAUAAUCAUACACAUUUUGGUUUGCUAUGAAGGCUUUAACCAGAUCCACUUCAUACCUUGGGACUUUUUGGAUCCAAACCUUUGAUUGCAAUUGGCAUCUCUUUGCUUGCAUGGUGGUGUGUGAAAAUGAAUCAUAGAAGCAUAGACUGAGAUGAAGAACAACUGAAGGAAAUAUCACGUGGCAACAAAAUUCAAUUUCUAGUUCGCUUUUCCCCAAGAAAGUUUAGAGAUUGUAGAGUAUUUUGUGCUUGAUCCUGUUAACAUUUCUUUUGUACCAGUGUGGAUUCGUUCAAUCAUCAUUUUGAUGGGUCCAUUAGAGAGAUGCUAAUCUUUUAAGUGUUUUUUUCAAGAUGGUUGAUGCUUCUAUCUGAAGCAUCUUAAUUUUAACGUAUAUCAUUUUUUUUUAAUACUAAAUUUUAGUUAUGAAUAUUACA